AGUGGCCCAUUGGUUCGGGCCGAAAAAGUUGGCCUCUGUUCAUGCUAUAACAACUAUAAACACACGACUCGCCCUUGUACUCUCUCCACUCAACAGCAGUGUCCCUAGUCGAAAAUGGCGGCCACAAUCUCUCGCAGGCUCACCUCUAACCUUUUCAAACCCUCUCACUCAUCAUCUUCUUUUUCCUCAACCUUCACCAAUUUCAUCUCCAAACAGACCCAACACCCCAAUCCUAACCUUACAUCAAUUAGAUCCUUCUUCAUCAUCCAAGAUUCCUAUUCCAGUUCCUCACAAUUCCUAUCACAAAAGCCUUCAAACCCUAGUUUCACUCCCUCCAACUUCACCAUAAACAAAUUCCAAUCAUCACCGAUCGAAAAACCCUUAAUUGUCAAUCAUAUUUUGAUCCGACCACACUCCACUUCAAGUCCCAAUUCCAUAAACCAACUGCAUUUGCUUGAGAAAACCCCAAAAAACCCUAACCCUAACCCUAAUGGAUUAUUAUACAGAACACCCAAGUACUUCUCAACCACUGAUUCGUCACCUGAAAAUGAAAAACCCCCAAAUCCUAGUCAAGACCCUAGUCAAACCCCCGAAUUCAAGCACCAAGAGAUCACCGGACCGACGGUGGAGCGUGACGUUUCGGCGCUCGCCAAUGAGACUCGAGAGGUGCUCGAGAAUAUGAUGAAGACCAUCUAUAGUCUGAGCCAGGGUUUAGCUCUUCUGGGUCUGGUCCAUCUUGGAUUGGGAGCUUGGAUUUCCUACAUUACUCGGUCUUCGCCGAUCCCCGAGGUCUCGAUACAGAGUGUUUUGGCAUUUGGAUUCCCAUUUUCGAUGGCAUUCAUGCUGAGGAAGUCGCUGAAGAAUAUGAAUUUCUUCAGGAAGAUGGAGGAGAUAGGUAGGUUGCAGAUUCUAACCCUAACUCUUCAAAUUGCUAAGAAUUUGAAUACUUUUUUCGUGCGAAUUCGUGGGGUUUCGUAUUUGUGUAUUGCAGGGGCCUCAAUUGGGUUGGUGUUUAUUGCCUCGAGAUGAUUUACAGUGCAACUUUAUGUGUUUGUUGGGUUUGGUUGAGUUUUAUAUUGGUAACAAUGUGGAAGUGUAGUUUGAUGGACAAUGUACUUUGAUCUAAAUUUUGGAUUCUUUGGAUUCAAUAAAACUAGUAGUACUGCUCCUUUUAUGAAUUA